AUGUCGGGAGUCUACAGGUAUCUGCAACGAAUGGCUCACGAGCAGCCCGUCAUCUUCUGGUCUUUCGGACUCGGUGCCGUCGGACCCGUGAUGGCCUUGACCGUACCGCCUAUCCGGAAAUCGAUGGGAUGGAAGCCUUCAGAGAGGAUCCCGACGACGUUCCCUCUGCCUAACCGAGCACGUCAGCCUACCACCGGGUUCGAAGACCCAUAG